AUGAGCGCGAUCUGUUUCGCGGCGGCGGCAGGGCGGGCGGAAGCUGCGUCGCAUCCCGCCCGGUGCAGCGCCACCCUGCGCCCCCUCCCCCGCCCCCCGCGAGCCACCCCCGCCCCCCGCGCGCCCCACACGCCUUCCGCCCGCACCCCCCGCCCCGGCCGACCGCCGCCGAGGCGCGUGCGCCCGCCGGCCGGCAACUCAGUUCACCGCCGCGUCGCGACUAUAUCACACGUGCGUAGCGUUACGAGUACGCGGCGCUCGAAACGAUCGCUACCCCGAUUUUUGACCAGUGAUUCGAGAGGGAAACCUCUCUCAGCCGCCAAGAUUGCGUCCCAGGUGGAGAUGCCGUCGAGUUUGUUCGGAGAGCUGGGCGGUGGGGGCCUGGUGGAAGACCAGCGCGCCUUCCAGCUCGCGCUAGAGCUCAGCAUGCUAAACUUUGGGGAGAGCCUGCCGGCAACGAACCCCCUGUCCAGCCCGCUCGGUUUCGCGCCGCCGCCCGACGAUCGCGCCAAGAAAUCACAAAACAUGACGGAGUGCGUGCCGGUGCCUUCCUCCGAGCACGUUGCAGAGAUCGUCGGCAGACAAGGUAGGCUCCUCGACCGAGCCGUGAGCGACCUGCGCCACCCUUACAUAAGGGCGCACGUGCCGCGCCGGCUCGCUUUUAGGUUAUGUUCGAUCACAUCACAUCGC